CAGCCAUGAACAUCUCUGUGCUCGGCAGCCAACUGAGACAGCCCGAGCCCCAGGAUGCUGCCGCCUUCACUCCCGUCUCCAUUGUCAGGACCAUGACGAAGAAAUCCGAUGCCCUGCCCAUGAUCUCAGUGAUCGUUGGCAUUUUCGUCCUCUUGGCUGUGUUCAUCAUCAUCGUGGUGCACUACGGCCCUCACCUCCGCACCGUUCAGAUCACCCUGUACCAUGAGCCAAUGCCGCAGGACAUGGACAAUGGGGUCCACCUCAUGGACUGGAAGAAGCUGGGCUCCCAGAAGAAGCUGCCUGCCCUGCCCUGCCAGCGGGAGCUGCCCGGCGCGGAUGUGGCCGAUGGGAACUGCCACUGCUCCUGCAGGCAUCACCUUCCUGGCAGGAGCGCUGAGCCCAAUGUCAUUGAGAUCACGUACCUGUGACAAGGCUGUCGGCCACCUGGGCAGGACCCAUAGACCAUGUCCCAUGGGAAUAAAUACAGUGACUGGGAUUGUAGCUUAGCCUGAGACUCACCAGGUCCUGCAAUGGAGGCUGUAGCUCCCCAGGAUUGUGUCUCUCCCAGCCCUGGCAGCAGGACCAGCCCAACAUGGCAAACGGGAGAGAAGGAAGCACUUGAGCUCAUGUUGGUGUUUCAGUGGUGGAACCAGUAGCAGAGGACAAUGAGCCUGAUCCCCCAGUGGAGAUGGGUGAGAGAAGAGAGGUGACACAGUAGAGGCAGGAGGACAUAACGGCACAUCAGCCACCCUUUGUAUUUGGCUGAACAUCUCAAGAUGUUGGCACUGGUGGAGAAAAGUGUGCAUCUCUGGGCAGAGCCUGCAGCAGCUCUGUUCGCAAUAGCAAGGAUGGGGAGACCCGAGGUCAUCUUUGCGGUGGUCACUUCAUUGUCCCCUUCGGUGUCCACGAUCCCUGUGCCAAGGGGAGCUCUGCCUGGGGACUUCAGGACUCGUGUGGUUUCAGUGCUGGAAGGAGCAGGGCAUGUCAGAGCUAAGAAGGGAGCAAUGGUGGGGUCAGCGUAGCCAGCCAUGAUGGAAUGGAUGUUGAUAUGGCUUGGUCACCCUGGUCAGAAGCUCUUUGAAGUAGCACAGAGAGUGUGGAUGGAGAGGUAAAAUAUCUUGAGCUCCUUACCAGGCUCUUGGUGGCAGCAAACCAUGGUGACCUGUUCAGCCCUCGGAGCCUUUCUGCUGCUGGAGGCACCAGGCAUCCUUUGGACAAGAAAUUGGGUUUGGUUUCUCCUCCCUUGGUAGAAGCUGGACAUCAAAGCCUGUCUUCAGUGUGUGGGCUCAAAGGACAGUCUCUGGGGAGGGAAGGCAGCCUCUGGGAUCACCCUCAAGGAUUCAUUCUGCUGCAUAGUCCCAGAAGUCAAAAGAGUUCCUGCCGCUGCCCUCCCCAACCCAGAACAGAAAAGCCAAGUCCAUGUCUACCCGAAGCCACAUCCCCAGCACAGAUGCCUCUGUGCACUGUUGGGCAAGAAACGGGGUCUUUUACCUGUUCCUCUGGGUGCUAGAGGGAUUUCUGGCAUGACAGAUGCUCCAGAGUCCUUCUUCUCACUUCCUUUAAGCUAAGAAACAGUUGGGCUUGCUGGAAAACUUUAGUCUUUACAAUAAAUGUAAUUUAUAUUCUA